CUCGCUGACACCGCGCCCUCCUGAGCUGUAGGUCCUUCCAGCAGCGCCAUGGCCCUCUCUGUGCGCACCUCUGGGCUGCCUCAGUGGCUGUCCUCCCAGAGUGGGGCCCCGGGCAGAGCCAGGGGCAUGUCUGCCUCUAGCAUCGGCAGCAGCUACGGGGGCAGUGCCUUUGGCUUCGGAGGCAGCUCUGGGGGAGGCCUCUCUGCCACGUCCAUGUUCGGUUCCAGUGCUGGCUUCGGUUCUAGCUCUGGCUUUGGUUCCAGUGCUGGCUUUGGUUCCAGUGCUGGCGUCGGGGGCCUCUGCGGAAGCUCCUUUGCAGGAGGACUGGGCGCUGGUUAUGGAGGAGCUGGCGGAGGGGGCUUUGGAGGCCUGGGGAUUGGAUUCGGAGGAGGCUCGGGAGGGGGCUCUCUAGGGAUUCUCUCUGGCAUCGAUGGAGGUCUUAUUUCUGGAUCAGAAAAGGAAACCAUGAAAAAUCUUAACGACAGAUUGGCUUCCUAUCUGGAUAAGGUUCGGGCUCUAGAGGAGGCUAACACUGAUCUAGAAACCAAAAUUCGAGAAUGGUAUGAAACGCGAGGCUCUGGGACUGGAGACCCCGGGUCACAGAAUGACUACAGUAAAUAUUAUCCGUUGAUUGAAGACCUCAGGAAUAAGAUCAUUUCUGCCAACAUCGCAAAUGCCCAGCUUAUCUUGCAGAUCGACAAUGCAAGACUGGCUGCUGAUGACUUCAGAAUGAAAUAUGAAAACGAGCUGGCCCUGUGUCAGAAUGUGGAGGCUGACAUCAAUGGCCUGCGCAGGGUGCUGGAUGAGCUGACCCUGGCCAGAGCUGACCUGGAGACGCAGAUUGAGACCCUGAAUGAGGAGCUGGCCUACCUGAAGAAGAACCAUGAGGAGGAGCUCCAAAGCUGCCGGGCCGGCGGCCCAGGCCAGGUCAGCGUAGAAAUGGACGCUGCCCCCGGAGUGGACCUCACCAGGCUCCUCAACGACAUGCGGGCACAGUAUGAAACCAUCGCUGAGCAGAACCGGAAGGAUGCGGAGGCCUGGUUCAUUGAAAAGAGCGGGGAGCUCAGGAAGGAGAUCAGCAGCAACACGGAACAGCUUCAGUCCAGCAAGAGCGAGGUCACCGACCUGCGGCGCGCGCUUCAAAACCUGGAAAUCGAGCUCCAGUCCCAGCUCGCCAUGAAGAAAUCCCUGGAGGACUCGCUGGCUGAAACCGAGGGCGACUACUGCGGCCAGCUGUCCCAGGUGCAGCAGCUCAUCGGCAGCCUGGAGGAGCAGCUGCUGCAGGUGCGCGCCGACGCCGAGCGCCAGAGCGCCGACUACCAGCGGCUGCUGAACGUCAAGGCCCGCCUGGAGCUGGAAAUCGAGACCUACCGCCGCCUGCUGGACGGCGAGGCCCAAGGUGACUGUUUGGUGGAAAGUUCAUAUGUGACAGCCUCCACAUCUCAAGCACCAUCAACUGAUUCCUCUAAAGACCCUAACAAAGCCCGGAAAAUCAAGACAAUUGUGCAGGAAGUGGUGAAUGGUGAGGUGGUCUCAUCCCAAGUUCAGGAAAUUGAAGAACUGAUGUAAAAUUUCACAAGAUCUGCCCCAUGAUUAGUUCCUUAGGAACAAGAAAUUUAUAGAAAUUAUUCCUUUUAGAGUAAGAUGAUGUAUUAGUUCAAUCUCUGCUUCUGUUUGUUUCAUUUUCUUUGUAUUCCCUAUUCACUUUGAGUCUGUUUUUUUUUGUUUUUUUUUGUUUUUUUGGCCUUCAAAACAAAAUUUAAUUACAAAUCAUUGUGGAAAUGUGGGUCUUGAUAACAAAUCAAAAUCGCCUCACAUCUUUGUGGACCUGAGGUAGUCCUUUAAUAAACUUUCUUCUAGUGACCUAGAACAUAUGUUUAAUCACAGGACCUUAAUCGAGUAGUAUUGUUUUAAUAAAGUUAAUUUUAAUAAAAGGUGAAUGGUAAUAAUGUGAAAUGUGUACCUUCUUGAUGCCAACAAUAGAGUCAAGGGUGUAGAGAGAGGUUUGUGAAAUACUACUGAAGUCGAUAAAGACGGUGAGGCUGGAGAUUAAGUUAAGAAGAUUCUUGGGACUUCCCUGGGAGUCCAGUGGUUGGGACUUUACCUUCCAAGGCAGGGGGUGCAGGUUUGAUCCCCGGUCAGGAGCUAAGAUCCCUCAUGUCUCAUAGCCAAAAAUCCAGAACAUAAACGACAAAAGCAAUAAUGUAACAAAUUCAAUAGACUUUAAAAAUGGUCCACAUCAAAAAAAUA